CCCCGCGUAGCCCGGCCGUGGGGGUGUGUGUGCGAGUGUGCGAGAGUGCGUGUGCGUGCGUGUGAGUGAGUGUGUGUGUGUGUGAGUGUGCGUGUGCCGCACCUGCCGGGCGAUGCCAGCGGCCGGGCUGCCCGCCGGGGCUGCGCCGCGGCUCGCUCUUCCCGCCGCCGCCGGCCGCCGCCGCUGCCUGCGCUGGGCAUGUCUCUGGGGCCGGCGGGGCCCCGGCUCCCUCCGCUCCUCGGCUUAUGGACGGCGGCAGCGGCAGCAGCAGCGCUAGCAAGCAAGCGAGCGAGCAACCUGCACCAGGACUGCGCGGAGGAGUGGGAGCCCGCGAUGCUUUGGCCUCAGUACUUUUCCUUAGCCUGUCUGGCUAACCGGGGCCAUUGCUGCCGCCGCUGCUGCUGCUAGACACACAACACACACCAACAUCAGGAGGGGGAAAAGUAAGGGAGAGAGGAGAAAAAAAAAAAAAAUCCCAGGAAGAUGGCGCCCACCAAGCCAAGCUUUCAGCAGGAUCCUUCCAGGCGAGAACGAAUAACUGUCCAGCAUCCUCUGCCCAACCAAUCAGAAUGUAGGAAAAUCUACCGAUAUGACGGAAUCUACUGUGAAUCUACCUACCAGAAUUUACAAGCUUUGAGGAAGGAAAAGUCCCGAGAUGCUGCUCGCUCUCGCCGGGGAAAGGAGAAUUUUGAAUUCUAUGAGUUGGCAAAGUUGUUGCCACUGCCUGCAGCCAUUACCAGCCAGCUUGACAAGGCAUCCAUCAUCCGACUUACAAUUAGCUAUCUGAAAAUGAGAGACUUUGCUAAUCAAGGUGAUCCUCCGUGGAACUUGAGGAUGGAAGGACCUCCACCUAAUACAUCAGUAAAAGUUAUAGGUGCCCAGCGCAGGAGAAGUCCCAGUGCCCUUGCCAUUGAAGUAUUUGAAUCACAUUUGGGAAGUCAUAUUUUACAGUCCCUGGAUGGAUUUGUAUUUGCACUAAAUCAAGAAGGAAAAUUUUUGUACAUUUCAGAAACUGUCUCCAUCUAUUUAGGACUGUCCCAAGUGGAACUGACAGGCAGCAGUGUGUUUGACUACGUCCACCCAGGAGACCAUGUGGAGAUGGCAGAGCAGCUGGGCAUGAAGCUUCCCCCGGGGCGAGGCCUCCUCUCGCAGGGUACAGCAGAGGAUGGAGCCAGCUCAGCAUCCUCAUCUUCCCAGUCCGAGACCCCGGAGCCAGUGGAAUCUACAAACCCCAGUUUGCUAACCACUGACAACACUCUAGAGCGCUCUUUUUUCAUCCGAAUGAAAUCCACACUGACCAAGCGAGGAGUGCACAUCAAAUCAUCAGGAUACAAGGUGAUUCAUAUAACAGGCCGGUUACGUCUGAGAGUAUCGCUGUCGCACGGACGGACCGUACCCAGCCAAAUCAUGGGGCUCGUUGUGGUCGCUCAUGCUCUGCCACCUCCUACAAUUAAUGAAGUCAGGAUUGACUGCCACAUGUUUGUCACUCGUGUGAAUAUGGACCUCAAUAUCAUUUACUGUGAAAAUAGGAUUAGUGAUUACAUGGACCUGACCCCUGUAGAUAUUGUAGGAAAGAGAUGUUACCACUUCAUUCAUGCUGAAGAUGUGGAAGGCAUUAGACAUAGUCACUUAGACUUGCUGAAUAAGGGUCAGUGUGUAACAAAGUAUUACCGCUGGAUGCAGAAGAACGGAGGUUAUAUCUGGAUACAAUCUAGCGCAACCAUAGCUGUCAACGCCAAGAACGCGAGUGAGAAGAAUAUCAUUUGGGUCAAUUACCUCCUUAGUAACCCAGAGUACAAGGACACUCCAAUGGAUAUUGCACAACUUCCUCAUCUGCCAGAGAAAACCUCAGAAUCCUCGGAGACCUCUGACUCUGAAUCAGAUUCAAAGGACAACUCAGAGGACAAUGAGAACUCAAAGUCAGAUGAGAAAGGAAACCAGUCAGAAAACAGUGAAGACCCUGAAUCCGACAGGAAAAAGUCAGGAAAUCAGUCAGAUAAUGAAAUGAACUGUAAUGAGGAUGGGAACAGCUCCAGCAACCAGGACAGCAGGGACAGUGAUGACAGCUUUGAAAACUCAGACUUCGAGAAUCAAAAGGCCCCUGAGGACAGUUUUGGCACUCUUGGCUCUAUGCAGAUCAAGGUGGAGCGCUACGUUGAGAGUGAGUCAGACUUGCGGUUGCAGAACUGUGAAUCACUGACCUCUGACAGUGCCAAGGACUCAGACAGUGCAGGUGAAGUAAAUGCCCAGUCUUCCAGCAAACAUCAGAAGAGGAAGAAGAGGAGAAAAAAGCAAAAGGGAGGCAGCAUGACCCGGAGAAGGCUGUCAAGCACCUCAAGUCCGAAUGGACUUGACUCAGCUUUGGUGGACCAGCCCCAGCUGCUCUCGUCACCAAACAGUGCCUCAGUGCUCAAAAUUAAAACAGAAAUCUCAGAACCUAUCAAUUUUGAUAAUGAUAGCAGUAUUUGGAAUUACCCACCCAACAGGGAAAUCUCAAGGAAUGAAUCACCCUACAGUAUGACCAAGCCCCCCAGCUCCGAGCACUUCCCUUCCCCCCAAGCCAGCAGUAGUUUACAUGUCUCCAUUCCAGACUCUGUUCUCACCCCACCAGGGACUGAAAAUACUGCCAGCCGUAAAACUCAGUUCAGCACCUCAUCCAACUCGGCCUUGGCUCCAGUGUCCUCUGACCCUUUGUCACCCCCACUUUCAGCAUCUCCAAGGGACAAGCAUCCGGGGGGUCCCACAGCGUCCAACUCUUUGUUGUACACUGGGGAUCUGGAAGCCCUUCAGAGGUUACAGGCAGGCAAUGUGGUGCUUCCUUUGGUUCACAGGGUAACGGGAACCCUUGCUGCGACCAGCACUGCUGCUCAGAGGGUCUACACCACUGGCACUAUUCGCUAUGCUCCAGCUGAAGUUACUUUAGCCAUGCAGGGCAACCUCCUCCCCAACACCCAUGCUGUUAACUUUGUUGAUGUUAACAGCCCCAGCUUUGGUCUGGAUCCUAAAACACCGAUGGAAAUGCUCUACCACCACGUUCACCGACUCAAUAUGUCGGGACCGUUUGGAAGUGCUGUGAGCGGGGCCAGCCUGACCCAAAUGCCUGCAGGGAAUGUGUUCACAACUGCCGAAGGACUUUUUUCCACUCUUCCAUUUCCUGUGUACAGCAAUGGCAUUCACACUACACAGACUCUGGAACGGAAAGAGGAUUGAAAUAUGACCACAUACUGUGUUCAGUGUUAUACUCUGAGGCAUAGACUAUGUUUUAAUUUAGACCUUUAAUUCUAGCACUUUGAAUUUGAGCAGGUCAGCUUAUUAUCUCAAUAUGAUGGUCCCCAUUUCAUUCCCUUUAACUUGACUUAUUCUUUAAUGUAAAGAUAUUUUUUUAUUUUUGCCUUCAGAGAGUCGAAGUACCAGUUGCCUGCCAUUUUGUCUUCUUCUAAGAUGUGUGUUUUUUCCUUUGCAUCUUUAUUAAGAUGCCUUUAAUAUGUGUAUGCCUCUGCCAUAGAAUACUCAGUGUUGUGGUAAAGAGAUUUUAAAGUGACAACCAUUGGUUUUACUUCAAAAUGAUCUUGAUAUGAUCAAGAUUAAAAGAGACAAGCAUAAACAAUGUGCCCUGUUUGACUAAGUCAAAUGAAAGGGGGGUUUUGUUCCUAAUUCCUUUAAAAUAGGGGAUAGUAUUUUAGAAUUUUAUGCAGAGUUUAAUUCUCUUUUUAUGGUUAAGAUUUUCUUACUUGCACAUAAAAUAAUUUGGGUUCUUAAAAAGUUAAUUUCUGGCCUGUGACUAGAAUGUUAAAAAGUUGGACUAAAUGUUAAUUACAGAAACUUUAACUUAAUUUCUAAAACCAUGGUGCUAUCAUUUAUUAAUCUGUAAUGUCUUCAUACAAUAUGCAGCUUGUGGGCUGGGUUUUUUGGAAAGAAUGUGUUCCGUACUGGUUUAUAGUGGGGUGCUGCAGUCUCCUUGGUUAGUUAAGACAAAAGCCCUCAUUAACAUUUGCUGCAGGACUUAAAAUUUGUUACCUCCAAACUAACAAGCAUAGCCUCACAUCAAAUUUAAAUGGGUCAGGAAGCCUUUUUCAAAAAGAGCUUAAAAACAAAAAACUCAAUUUAAUUGACGCGAGGAGCAGUUUCUUAGGUGCAUAUUGUUUUGCUUUAUUUUUUUCUCAGUGUAACUGAGGCUAAUUUUACAACAUCAAAUAACAUUUCAGAGUAAAAAAAAAAAACAGAAGAACUAUUUAACAUGUUUUAUUUUGGUUUUCAUUUAAUAUUAUAGAGGGAAGGUUGUAAAUUUCUUUUUUGUUCUUUGAUUUGGGUAUUUUUUGUUGUUUUCUUUUUCCUUAUUUCUAGUGUUGAAACCAAUAUGUUUUAAAACUAAAGGAUGGGUUAAUAAGCUUGAAAUAGAUAACUACAACUGAAAACUGCACAUUAAGUAAAAGAAAAGAAAUCUCCUAUUUUGUCUUUGUUGCCAGAAAUCACAGUGUAGUGUCAAACACUCCAAAUGACUGUCAAAUAUAAAUUCUUCUUCCACUCCAUCUUUGGCAGCUGUUUGUUAAGGCAUCUAAUAACAGAUGUGAGAACUGUAAUGUGUACAAUGUGUAAGUGUCCUUGGCUGUCAGUCCCAUUGCAGUUUCAAUGUGUGUUACUAUAUGCAGUAUAUACUAAGCUAAUGUAGUUGUUUUGUCCUUUGUCUUCUCUGUGCUUUAUCUCUAGUCUGGAGUGGUAAAGUCCCAUUCCUGCAGUCCUAGUGAACCAGUGAUUCUUGGGGGUUAGUGGUUUUUGUGUGGUGGCCUUCCUCUGUAAUGUCACCUUAUGCUGCUUCCACUGUCUGUAUACCUUUUAAUUUCUGCUGUUGCUUUGCUGUUGUGUAUUCUCAGACCUCUCUGCCCCCCUUCCUUUCUCCCCUCCUCCUCCACACGUUUCCCCUCUCUCUUUCUCUCGCUCUCUCGUUCUCUCUUCUUCACUCUCAGAGAUAAAAGACUCUUAACUAGCUCAAGGUUAAUGGAGCCAUUUUUCCCACAGAGGAAUUCUGGGUGUGAGUUACUCUUCCAGUGUACCCCACAAUGCACUACAGAGUAAUGCUCAGAUAUAUUAAGCAAAUUGACGCCAUAUAGCCUCAGUUGUUAACAUUCCCAGAGUCCUUGUGCUCGAACUGUAAGCAGAGGGUGCAUUUCUUUGGUUUUCUCCUGGGUAGGCUGGCAGAGCAAGAUGUAGAGCAAUUACCAGUGAGUUAGGAAAUUCUUUCAAAGGUCAACUGGCAUUGUUUUAAAAGGAAACUGAGCUUAGAAUUGUCAUAUAUAUUCGCUUAUGUGUGCAAUGCUAAUGUAUUAACUCAGCUGUCCUUCGAAUUUUUCAUCACUCACUGCCUUGAGUCAAUUUCUGCGGUAGCUUUGAAUUUGAGAAGUAGGUCCAAGUCACAGAGGAGUGAUCACAAAAAAGGAAUUGGAUGCUAGAAAUUUAAUUAAUGAGCUUUUAAUGGUUCCAUGGGAAGGAUUUAUGUAGGUCUGAAAAAGGCGAGAAAGCUGAUUGGGAAAUUCAAAGUUUAAUUUUGGAAGCUCUGCUCUAGCCAUGGAACAAUCAAAGGACUGCACCUAUCAGCUACAAAGAACAGCUAGACAGCUGUUGUUGUUUUGGGUUUUUUUUAUAAAUGUUUCUGUGUUGUGUCAAAAUGAUUUCUGGUGAUUUAAACUAACAGAUAAUCACAGCUGCUGUCUAAAUCCAUAGUGUUUAAAAUUACAAAAUGAAAAAAAAACUUCAUUACCUGUGAA